GAAUAAAUCAAAUUAAAAGGAUAAAAAGGUAAAAAAAAAAAAAAUCAAUUGUGCGUUUGUUGAUUGAAUCUAAAACUUGUAGUGAAAAAAAUUAAUUUUUGUAUUUAAAUAUAACUUAAAUCAACAAAUAGUCUCAAUUCCAUUAGAAGUCUAGGUCCAAAAGGAUUUCAUCAUAGUUGUCUUGCUUACCGUUUUGAAGAGAAAUUUUAUCCUAGCAACAAUCCUAUACCAAGAAAAAUUAAAUUUUUGAUUUUUUUAAAAUUUUUUUAAACAAAAGAAGUAAAUAAAUAAAAAAAGGCAAAUAAAAUAAAUGAAAAAUAAAGAGAAUGACUUGACGCUUAUGAGUUAAAAACCCAAAUUAAAUCCAAUUUAAAACUCAAACUCUUAUUAAUGGACCAAUGAUACAGAUCAGUUGAAAAAAAAAUUUUAUAAAAUUUUUAAAAUUUUAAUAAUACAAAUUCAAAAAUUUUUGAAAGUUUUGGAUUUAAUCGAAAGUUCAAAGGCGGAAGUGGAAUUAAAGAAAAAAGAAGGUAAUUAUAUAAUUUUAUUUAAAAAUAAUUUUAAAAAAUAUGAAGAAUAAAAAAUUGAGUGAAUAAAAUUAGCUUUUGUUUUCGUUUUUCUCUUCCCUCCGCCCUCCCUGAUCAAAUAAAUACUAGAAAAAAAGGCUCCUCUUGCUAUAUUCUUUUUACAUCUCUCUCUCUCCAACAUUUCCUUUCUUGAUCCUUUAAAGCACCCACCCAAACACAGCUUAUUUUUAAUUUCGUAUAUGGGAGAUACCAAAAGAAAAAGAGGCCGAAAAGCUCACAACCCAAUCCCCACUGAAACCCUAGAAUCCCCAUGCUCCACCACCGCAUUGGACGACGUCUUCUCCGUCACUAACGUCGAAAUCAUCCCCUCUACCACCACUACCACCUCCUCUGCCGCGGCUACCACCACCGCUGCCCGCCCACGUGGUCGCCCCAAAAAGCUCCCAAAACUCUCCGAAAACCCCGUGCCUCUACCCCCCCAACCGCCGCCUGCAAUCCUUUCUCCUAGCCGCCGUAUUCCUAACGGCAAUGCGAUCGGAGUUGGAGGAGGAGGAGGAGGAGGAGGAGGGGAGUUGGGUGGAGAUUCGGAUGGGGAUCGGGUGGUGCCAGCAAUGGAUGCAGUAGUAAAGGUGUUUUGCGUUCACACGGAGCCAAAUUUCUCGUUGCCUUGGCAGAGGAAAAGGCAGUAUAGUUCGAGUAGUAGUGGGUUCGUGAUUGGAGGGAGAAGGGUUUUAACAAAUGCGCAUUCCGUGGAACAUUACACUCAGGUUAAAGUUAAGAAACGUGGGUCUGAUACUAAGUACUUGGCUAUUGUCCUUGCUAUUGGAACCGAAUGUGAUAUUGCAAUGCUUACGGUCAAUGAUGAUGAGUUCUGGGAAGGUGUGUCACCACUGGAAUUUGGAGAAUUGCCCGCACUUCAAGAUGCUGUGACUGUUGUUGGUUACCCAAUUGGGGGAGAUACAAUUUCUGUGACAAGUGGAGUUGUAUCACGAAUAGAAAUCCUGUCUUAUGUUCACGGGUCCACAGAGCUUCUGGGUUUGCAGAUAGAUGCUGCUAUAAAUUCUGGAAAUUCUGGUGGGCCUGCCUUCAAUGAUAAAGGCAAUUGUGUGGGCAUAGCAUUUCAGUCGCUCAAACAUGAAGAUGUAGAAAACAUAGGGUAUGUGAUACCUACACCAGUUAUCCAGCACUUCAUCCAAGACUAUGAAAAGAAUGAAGCAUAUACUGGAUUCCCAAUUUUGGGGGUUGAGUGGCAGAAAAUGGAAAAUCCUGAUUUACGUGCAGCAACCGGCAUGAAAGCUGAUCAGAAAGGUGUCCGAAUCAGAAGAGUUGAUCCCACUGCUCCGGAAUCUGGUGUUUUGAAGUCAUCGGAUAUUAUGCUCAGCUUUGAUGGGGUUGAUAUUGCCAAUGAUGGAACAGUUCCUUUUCGGCAUGGAGAACGCAUAGGCUUUAGUUACCUUGUCUCACAAAAAUAUACUGGGGAUAGUUCAGCAAUUAAAGUUCUUCGUGAAUCCGAGAUUCUAAAUUUCAACAUUAAGCUUGCAUCACACAGAAGGCUUAUUCCAUCACACAACAAAGGCAGACCUCCUUCAUAUUAUAUAAUUGCAGGAUUUGUGUUUGCAACUGUGUCUGUUCCAUAUUUGCGUUCUGAGUAUGGGAAGGAUUAUGAAUAUGAAGCUCCAGUAAAGCUUUUGGACAAACUCUUGCAUUCAAUGCCGCAAUCACCUGAUGAGCAGCUUGUUGUGGUGUCUCAGGUACUUGUGGCUGAUAUCAAUAUCGGAUAUGAGGACAUUGUUAACACCCAGGUCCUUGCUUUUAAUGGUAAGCCUGUGAAGAAUUUGAAGAGCUUGGCUGAGAUGGUAGAGAACUGUGAUGAUGAAUUUUUGAAAUUUGAUUUAGAAUAUGAACAGAUAGUAGUACUUAGGACAAAGACAGCGAAAGCAGCUAGUCCAAACAUUCUUGCUACGCACUGCAUACCAUCAGCUAUGUCUGAAGAUCUGAAGGCAUGAAAUCAAGGGACCUAGUUAAUUGAUUUGUUGCAGCUUUUCUAGAAGGAUUUUUUUGUUUUUUGUCUUCAGCAACAUCAAGGAAGAAAGGCCAUAUUUCGUGGAAGGGAGCUUGUCGGUUGUUGGAUAUCAUUCUACAUGGAACAAUGAUGCCCCAUUUUAUGGGUAUUAAAAGCGUUUUUGCACUUCGCUAUGAAUGAGUUUGCCCAUCCGGCUGUGAUUGUCAAACAUUUAUUUUCUUUUAUAAAUUUUGUAGAGAUAUAUGAAGCACUUGUUUCUUUUGAUUGCUACUACAGUUUUUGAGAAACGAAAGCCUAGUUUUGUUUUUGGUACAAAGAAAGUCAUAAUCUAAAGAUAAGAAAAAGAAUUGUAUGUAUUAAAAUUUGAAUUUAAAACCUGUUGAUCGUCACGUUUCAAACUCCAGGUUCAAGGAAAGCUUAGUUUUAAAGAUAUAUUCUCUUUUUACUUUAUUACAAUGACCUUAUU